AUGAAAGGCUUGUGCUCCAACCUCGUUUCCCUCAUUCCUCCCAAUUACUUCCCACCCUCCCAGCAGUACGCGUUAUCGCAACUGGAGCAACUGGAGCAGGCGGCGGUUUACAUCGGCCAACUCAGCCGGAGGAUCGAGAAGCUCAAGAAGAAGAAGGAAGAAGCAGCGGCCGCCACGUCACCACCACCCGCCGGCGAGGGAAUGCGUAGUGCUGGUUCAUUACCGUCGUCGUCGUCGUCGAAGGUUGAGGUGAGGGAUUUGGGGACGAGCAUAGAGGUCUCGCUGAUGAGGAACGGAGUGGAGAGGAACUACUUCAUCAUGUACGAAGCGAUAACCGUGGUCGAGCAAGAAGGCGCCGAAGUUGUCAGCGCCAGCUUCUCCACGGUGGCCGACAAAAUCUUCCUCACAAUCCAUGCUCGGGUGAAGAUAACCAGAGUUGGUGUAGAGACUGCGAGGUUGUACAAGAGAUUGAAGGAAAUGGUUUAUUAA